GUCUCGUUCUCAUUCAUUCGAGUCUGGAAACACGGUCCAAUGCAGAUGUUGUCAAACGGACGCACGUUCAACAGGACCAAACCCGACGCGUCGAGCUAUGCUGCAAGCACCACGUCCCUUACAUCGUUCGAGAUGCAGCGGUCACUCCGCAGACUCCAUUACAACACUGUUCAUUUGCACUGGUCUGGCAUGAUAGCAAAACCAUCUUAGGUCGCGGUGCGAUUCAACUAUAGAUAUAGUAGCACUCUUUUCCUGACUGAAAGGUUACCAGUUCUCGAUGUCAGGAAGAAAAAAAAUGGCAGGUAUGGGAUUCACGGGUGGCUACCAUCUAUUGAGGUCAUCUCGAUGGCAUCCUAUAUCCCUGCUGAAGUGUCCGAGCUGGUCUAUCCCAGUGGAUACAGCAGCUCAUUCCGUGAGAAGCCUCGAAAGACCGGGACUCGCAAGAUCGAUCUGCCUCGCGUUGCAUUCUUAACCCCUCAUUCAGUACUGAUGCAGCUGACUGUUUCACCCACGUUUGCUCCCAAGAAGUGGGUCUUGUCGGACGCUGACGCGGUAUCUUAUCACCUCUUGCUUCAACAUGCUGAUACUAUUGGUUCCAUGGUUCGUAAUUUGGCGGUUCAGCAGCAGAAUAGGAAGGACGAGGGGAUGGAUGUCUAGUUGCAUGGUACACUACAUCAUCCAUCGUUAUCCAAG